AUGCUUCUCAAACAAUUCGUUCAGUUAGCUGCUGUUCUAGCAUCUGCAAUCCCCAUAUGCAAUGCUUCAGCUCUAGCAAGAAAUAGUAGACGCCAGUCGACGGCCUCAAAGUAUGUCUUUGCACAUUUUAUGGUCGGCAUCGUCGAAAACUACACUUUAGACGACUGGAAGUCCGACAUGACGACAGCAAUGGACAUCGGCAUCGACGCCUUUGCACUCAACUGCGCCAGCGUCGAUAGCUACACUCCCACCCAACUGGCCCUAGCCUACCAGGCCGCCGAAGAAGUCGGAUUCAAAGUUUUCAUCUCCUUUGACUUUGCCUACUGGACAAACGGCGAUACGGCGAAUAUUACGCAGUACAUGCAGACUUAUGCAGGCCAUGCAGCUCAAAUGCAAUACAACGAUGCUGCAGUUGUGAGCACCUUUGUUGGUGACAGUUUCGACUGGACGCCAGUAAAAGCUGGAACGAAUCAUUCGAUCUGGGCAUUGCCGAACCUACAAGAUCCGGCUGAAUGGUCGAGUGACGCUCAGCGAAGUGUGGAUGGAGCGUUCUCGUGGUAUGCUUGGCCGACUGAUGGAGGAAAUAGUAUUAUCCCGGGGCCGAUGACCACUAUCUGGGAUGACAGAUAUAUAUCUGAUCUGGGGAAUGCUACUUAUAUGGCUCCUGUGUCGCCGUGGUUCUUUACCCAUUUCAAUAGUAAGAACUGGGUAUUCAUCUGCGAGGACCUCCCUACUCGACGCUGGGACGAGAUAUUGACAAUGCAACCAGAUCUCGUCGAAAUUAUCACAUGGAAUGAUGACGGCUCCUCCGAAUGGGCUUCUGGAUUCCCACAUGACGCUUGGCGCGAUAUUUACAAACCCUACAUCCAAGCCUACAAAUCUGGCGCUACAACACCAACCGUUGACACCGAGGAGAUAGUAUACUGGUACCGCCCAACCCCCAAGGGCGUCACAUGCACCAACGAUAGUCUACCAGCCCCGAAUGGAAUCGAUUUACUUUCUGACAGCAUCUUUGUGGCGACUAUGUUGACAAAAGCGGCUACAUUGACUGUCACCAGUGGUGGGAAUGCGGCAAUUAGUGUUGAUGUACCUGCUGGUAUUGUGACGUCGAAUGUCACGAUGGGUGUUGGUCAGCAGAGUUUCGUGCUUAGUCGGAAUGGAGAGACUAUUCUCAAUGGAACUGGAGGAUUGGAUAUUGUUGAUACAUGUGAGACAUACAAUUAUAAUGUGUAUGUUGGGUCAGUAACGGCGUAA